AUGAACGAACUGGUGGUGUUCGACUCGAAUCACCAGAAGGCCAUCAACGACUGCGAGCUGGACUACUACAGCAAGAAACUGGCCACAUGCUCCAGCGACAACACGGUGAAGAUUUUCGAUGUGAGCCUUUCCAAGGAGCCCGUGUGCGUAGCUGAAAUGCGGGACCACAGCUCAGCUGUGUGGAAGGUAUGUUGGUCACACCCCAAGUAUGGGAGUCUCCUAGCGAGCUGCUCCUACGACAAAAGCGUAAUCAUAUACAAGGAAGUACACAUGAAUAAGUACGACAUCAUUUACGUGAACAAUGAACACAACAGUAGCGUAAACUACAUAGAGUGGUCUCCACAUGAAUAUGGGUUACAUCUAGGAUGUGCAUGCUCCGAUGGAAACAUAAGUAUCAUAUCGUACGAUUUAACGAAAGGCUCAACUGGGGAAGGGCAAUGGAACAAGUAUAGCGUGAAGGCGCACCUGAAUGGAACGGCUUGCAUAAGUUGGGAGAAAACGCAUAAGAAUAAACACAUGAAUGAAGGGACUGCUGGAGCACCUGCAGUAGCAACAGCACCAUCCUCCUCAGGAGGGGGGGGAGAUCAUCAUGCAAAUGCAUUCCAACUAGCGUCAGGUGGAUUCGACAAUCAAGUAAUCAUAUGGCUAUUCGAUAACAGCACGAAAGAAUUUCACAAGGUUUAUCAAAUGAAGGACAAGCCACACAACUCUUCAAUUAAAGACAUCGCAUGGAGACCGAACCUGAAUAACUCUACCAACAUAAUUGCCUCAUGUUCAGAUGAAAAUAUUGUGAUCCUGUGGGUAGAGGACAUAAGUAACAACCAAUGGAGGAACGGACAAGUCAUUAAGGUAAAGGACAGAAUUAGUAAAGUAUGUUGGUCACCCAAUGGGACCAUCCUAGCCAUUGCAUGUACAAAUGAAAAUGCUUAUUUGUACAGAGAAGGGUUGGAUGGCGUAUGGGAAGAGGCAUGUAACUUGGCGGAUAAUGAAAAGCUACAUGCACAGAUGGAGGCACAGGAAAAUAUUAGCGAUAAUGUAGGUGGCAUCAGUGCAGGCGGAGCAGCCAUGUCGGCCACUCCCAUGGGGAAUGUACCAACCAAUCAGGUGGACCCUUACACCGGAUCGUACAGCAACAACCCUGGUACUCAUAACGAACCCCCUAAUGCCGUAAACCCGGUUAUGGCCCAGACGAACUAUGGGAAACCCUUCCCCAAUAGUAUGGGGAUCAAUCCUGUCGGGGCUCCAAAUAGCAGCGUAAGUGCCCCCGGGAUGGUUCGAGGUGGAUUAAAUACUGCACAGGCGAGUAAUAGUAACAACCCGUAUGAAAACGAGUACUUCCUCAGGCAUCACAUCCAAUGUUGCCAGUUACCCCAUGGGUGGUGCUUCUGUUAG